UUAAUUCUUAAAAAUUGGUAAUUGGAUUUCUCAUGGAUGCUACGACCAGCAAGCCUCGUGAAAAUGAUCUUGAACACAUGAGUAACGCGUCAUCUACGUCGUCUGGAAGAUCGUCACGGGCUGAAGUUCUAUGGGCGGAUGUCUUAAGUCAUAUUCCAUUCGUCAAAAGAUUCACAACACCAGAUUCUCGAAAAGAGCAAAAAGUUCGAAUAUUAUCGAAAAACGAGGUGGACGAAGAGGAUGGUGUACAAUUGGAACAAUUGAUACAAAAUCAAGAAGUCAUUUUAUGUCACUCAUCCUCAAUGAAUUUUCACCAACAGUGCAGAGGGAGUGUCGUCGAUUUUGAGUAUAUAGAGAAAAAAGUCAAGGUGACCGUCUCAUCGGAAUCAGACUUUCCAAUCUGGGAAGACACUGAUAUUUGGAUGCAAGCGUUAUCAACCCCAACAAGCUCUCUUUAUGCAAUUGAUGCAAAUACAUCUGUUAAUUCAGAACUUAUCGAAGAUGAAUCAGUUGUACAAGAACAAAAAGAACAAAUAUCAGUGAAUAUUCAAGAUCAAUCUGACCUAUUUCGAUCUAUCAACGGCUGGAAAUUGAUCAGUACAAGGCGUGAACGACAUCGUCGAAUGUAUGAUGGAAUAUGGAAAAAUGUGUAUUUGACACAACUCGAAAUGACUUGCAUUGAUCCAAUUGAUACUGAAAAGUUAUUACAUGUCCAGGAAAGAGCCCCACUGCGUCUGAGUGACGAUAUUGAAGAAUUUGGAGAUGUUUUGGUGGAUGUAAUCAAAAAGAAAACCGACACAAAGAACAAUGUUUUUACGAUAACUCUCGGUCUUACCGGCUUUGCUCGAUUCCAUGCAGAAAUUCAAUUAUCGAAAGAAUCCACAUAUUACUUGAAUUUCGAUGAUGGUUAUGAAGAUGACUUGGCGAGUCUUGCAAGUGAAGAAGACAUUCUUUCUGGCUACCAAACUAUUCAAAAUGUUGAUGAAUUAUGUGACAAAAUCGGUGAACUCACUGUCACUGACGUUUGCAUCAAAACGUGGUUUGAUAUCCUUCACAAUUAUGCUUACAUUCGUCUCAUUGUAACAUCAGCGAAGAGAAAGCUUCAACACUUUAAGUUGCUCACUGGUCACCAUGUAAUCAUUCAAUCUGCUACUAGUGAUCGGGAUACAGUAUUGGCUGUUGUGAGCAGAGUUAUGAAAGAUGGAAUUGUGCUUACCUUACAAGGAGUUAAAAAACAAACAAAAAAUUUUGUAUUCUCCAAAAACGAAUUGUUCACUAUUCAAAUCGACCAUAAUUAUGAGGAUCGUCUACAAAAACUCACUGGAAAAGAGGAAGAGCAUGAAAAUCUUCGACGUGAGCUUAUAAACUCUGAUUCGGAUAUUCGAUUGCAUCGAUCCUGGAAAUCCAAUGGUAAACAAUAUGCUACAUUUACAAGCAAGAAUGAUGCAUUUAAGAAGAUUCCUUUUAAUACAAAAUUUCUACUUGGAAAGUGCUGGGAAGCCGAAGGAGUUCUCGAAAAGAAAGCGGAUUUCAUUUUUGCUAUCCGAGUGGCCGACAAAAAUUUCAGCACUCCUUCGACGAUGACGUUCGAAAUAAAAUUCACAAGAAAUCUUGUGCGAAACUCGAAGGAUUUUGAACUUUCCAAAGCCUUCUACUAUGUAGAUUUCGAUUUGGCCCAUUUUGUUGAAAGUGAUCAUUGCUACUCGCUCUUGAACGCUAAAAGUGUGAAUGGGAAACCCGAUGAAACUGUUGUCAAAUCGUGUCCGAUAGACGAAGAUUUAGUAUUCUCAGUAUUUCCAUUUCAAUGUGGUAGAAGAGCAGAAGAGAGACGUCGAGGAUAUCAAGAAUCACAGAGAGAAGUACAAUCUUCCACGAAAAAGCCAGACGUAAAAGUAGAAAAGAAUGUAAAACUUGAAGCCCCAGAGAAGCAGAACAAGAGAAAAGAUACAGCACUUAACCCAAAGGAGAAAUAUUGUGCGCAAAAGUUGGAGAAACAACUGAAUGAUCAGACGAAGACUCCAAAGCAAAAGCCUAAGCAAGAAACUUCGGCAGGAAUAAAACGUGAAUCAACGCAGAGGCCGUGUGUAAUACCUAGAACAUUUGAAACUUCAAAUUCCAAAGAUGCUUCAAACAAGGAUACAAACUCACGUUGUGCUCAACCACGAAAAGCUGUUUCUCAUGAAGGGCUGAAAUCGCAUCAGCAAGAGAAUGUUCUGAAACAUCUCGACAAUAAGCACAAGUUUCUGUGUUUUGUGAAUAUUGCCAAGCGAAUUGAAAACGAUAAUGGUAAUCCAUUGGUUGAGCUGUCUAUCGGAUUCGAUGAAAACGGUGGAAAAGUGCAACAAUCUCCAUGGCCCCUCGGUAUUCGAAUGUUAUUGACUGAUGGUUUGGAGAAAACGGAAGUCAAGAUUCAAGGAGAUGUCCAGGAUACGAAUGGGGAGACAGUUACUUUCAUGAUUCAACAACAACUUUCCGAUCUGGACUUUCUGAAUAGUUACAAACCAAAAAAACUCCUCGCCUGCUUCCGAGAACACGGCCACAAUCUUAAAUAAAUAAUUUUUAAUUUUUAUAAAAUUUUAAAAUUCAUUUUGUGAAAUGUCAAAAAUACUGUGUUUUAGUAUAUUUUAUCACCCCAUUCUGCAUUUUUGCAUUCCCACAUCUACUUGUUCUUGCCUCUCCCCCUUCAUCGUUACUAUGUAAGUGUAUUAUUUCCUUCUUCCCCAUUGUUUUCUUCAUGUUUCCUUUAAACGCCUUUGCAUUUCAUUUACAAAUAGGAUAUUUGGAGUUUUCCGAUAUCAUUUGUUUCCCCGAACCACAAGUUAAUUUCCAAAAAAUGUUUU